GUAAAAAGGCAGGAGUCGUAUAAAUAAGCCACAUCUUAAGCAACGGCCUCUCUGACUUGUGUCAGCUCCACAGGGCUGCCAGGAUUAUGGCAUAUAAGAUGCUUCAAGUAGCCCUGUGUUCAACAUUGCUUAUAGGAGCGUUGGGAGCACCAUUUUUGUUGGAGGACCCCGCAAACCAGUUCCUACAUCUCAAAAGACACAUAUAUUUGCAGGAUUACUGGGACCCAGAUGGCAAUCCAAAUAUGUGGGGAAACACGCUGGCUGAUAAGGCUCUUGAAACAUGGACUGCUUUGAAAACAAUAGCACAAUAUUAUCUGAAUGUGAAUACCUUCACUUUUGACAUGUCCACUUCCCAGUAAAUGUGCUUUGAUGGUUAAACCAGGAGAGAAAAAAACGAUGGGAGUCAACAUGGCAAUGCAACCAAACUGUGGGCUUUGGAGACAUGGAGGCAAAUCUCUGCCACUUACAAGAUUACUUAAUAUGUCUGUCUCAUGGAACUGUUGAAAGGAGUAAAUAUAAAAAUCCAUCUAGAGACCUAGAAUUAGAAGUUCUCAGUAAAUUCUAGAUCUUAAGAUGAGAACUAAAAUAAAGACAAUAGUACUAACAUUGAUUAAAAAAGGGCUCUUCUGGAAAAGGAAACCAAAAGCAAAAAAGUAGUGCCAUUAAAACUCACUGUUGAUAGCUUA